AUGACAGCAUAUACCGGGGAUUUUGCAAGCAAUGGACGAUUGAUUACUGGGAGAGACAAAAGGUUUGUUGCGUAUGAGCAAUUUGGAGAUCGUCGUGACGAUUUAGCAAGUGCUCGUACAUUUUUCUACGAAGAUGAGAUGAAGUGUGAUAAAAACAUGAAGUUUUUUCUUGAUUGCAUCGAUGCUGCAGGCGAAUCGUCUGAGGAUGGUUUUGCUGCUAUUAAACUGACUGCACUGGGUAGGCCGCAAAUGUUGCUACAACUAUCUGAAUGUCUAACAAGCAUUCGUAAGUUAUUUGUCAAAAUUGCUGGAACAGAAGGCGACCUUAUUGAACGGAAGGUAACGAAGGAGACUUUCCAAGCUCAGUUAGAAAAGAUGGGUAUAAUGGCUCGAGAUAAAUCUGACACUUGGUUUACGCUAAUUGAUUAUAAUAAAGAUGGUGUUAUUGAUUUAUUAGACUGGGAUAGACUAAUGCAGGCUGAUCUAAAAAUGUCUAAACUCUUCAGAAUACCUAACAUGGUGACCGGUGAAAUGGAAUCUCUACUACUGACGCUAACUGAAGACGAAGACAGACAAAUGAAAAAAAUGAUAAUGAGAAUGAAUACGCUAGCCGAGAGAGCAAAAGAAAAGAAUGUACGACUGAUGAUUGAUGCCGAGCAGUCUUACUUUCAGCCGGCAAUAAGCAGAUUAGCUAUGGAAUUGAUGAGGAAAUUUAACAAAACGAGACCGGUCAUAUUUAAUACUUACCAGUGUUAUUUGAAGGAUGCCUAUGACAAUAUUACAGUUGACAUGAGUUACUCAAGAAAUGAAAAUUUCUACUUCGGGGCCAAACUUGUACGUGGUGCUUAUCUAGACCAAGAAAGAAAACGAGCCUGGGAGAUUGGUUAUAGUGAUCCCUGCUGUGAAAGUUACGAAGCUACGAAUCAGAAUUACAUGAUGGUCUUGGACACUGUGUUGCGACAAAUAAAACAGUAUGGGAAAAUUAAUAUAAUGGUUGCAUCGCAUAAUGAGGAUACUAUUAAGUUUACUGUACAAAGGAUGAAUGACUUGUGUAUAGGGCGCAGGGAUCAAUUGGUGUAUUUUGGUCAGUUACUGGGAAUGUGUGAUCAAAUCACUUAUCCACUGGGGCAAGCCGGCUAUGGCGUAUACAAGUAUGUGCCCUAUGGCCCAGUAGAGGAAGUCUUGCCGUACCUUUCGCGGCGUGCGUGUGAAAAUCGAGACCUGAUGAAAGGCGUUGGUAAAGAAAGUCGACUUCUCUAUGAUGAGCUCAAAAGACGAGUGAAAACUGGCAACUUUUUUUACACACCAUUUGGAUAUAGAAAAUAAAUAUGAACUUUGACCCGAAAAAUGUUCUUGCCAGAAUGAUUAUUUACACAAGCUUGUGUUUCAUUGUAACAAUGAUGGUCUGUGUAUAGUUGGGAGACUUUUUUCUAGAAUUGCAAUAACUCAAGUUAAUAUCAUUUGUAAGUAUUAUUUUGUUUGAGUUUAAAAUGGGUUCCUUCUAUGCCUGAGAUGAUACCUCUUGGAUAGAUUUGCAAUUUGAAGAGGUUUUGAGUUUUUAUCCGCAUCUCUUGUUUGAAUACAUAAUAUACUCAAGAUCAGAUUUUAUUUAUUUAUUUUAACAAGUCUGUUUUGCCAAUACUAUAACAUGAAGUGUUUUUUUCUUUUUUGCUUAAACUUAUCGCGUGUUGGAACUUCAUGUAAAUAAACAAUGUAUUUUACACGCGUUGUAUACGCUGCUAUGAGUCCCAUAUCGAACAGAACGUGACGCGAUGACUGCCGCCCUUUAAACUUUAAGUUUAUAGGUUUAUUUGUCUAUGGAUAACUGAUGGUGUUUUAAAUUAACUUUAAAUUUCUCUCACAUUUCAGCCAAAUUUUUAAUUCUAAAUAUCUGUUAUACUUUCCUUCCAAAAAAAAAAAAACAUGCACAAGAAAUGUACUCUCUAAGUGAACAAUUACAUAUGCGUUAAAGAUCAGUGGUGGUUGUCUUGGUGUGAUGCACUGGACAUGGGUCCCAUACAGCAUGUACAGUAUAAAUGUGUGUUUAUACAAAAUUUAAAUACCUAACUUCACCACAACGAUCACAAUUGCACCUGACUUCGUAUAUAUUGUACUCUUUGUGGGUAGUUUAAUGAGGGGAAAGUAACUGAUUUGAAGACUAUUAGUGACAGUUUUCAAAUAUAAUUUGAAUAAUUGGAUUAACUCAGGUUUGUAUGGCCCUCACUAAAUACACAAUUGGGGCCAGUGAUAAUAUAUUGUGCUCUGUAUCUCACUUUGUAUUAUGAACACAGUACAGCAAAUGUAUUCUGAAAUUCUCACUUAUUAUCUUUUUAUAGAUUGUGUGAAUAUUCACUUUUGAAUAUUGAUUUGCAUUAAUAGCUUUUGUUUUAAAUACCGGACUUUGUAAGCUUGCCAUGGUGGAUUUUUUUAAAAACUGAAUUAUUUGUAACACAAAUCAUUUUCAAUGUUUCUGUAUAUACCGGCAUGUUAACAUGUAUCUUUACAUAUUUUUGGCUAAAAUAGUUUUACAAAGUGAUGAAAACUGUAUUUACAAAGCCAUGUGUAAAAAAAAUUUAAUUCAAAUAUGGUGCUUGUGUGCUUACUGAAUACUGUGUGCAAAACAUAAAAUGGGAGUCUAUGCAGUUAA